GGCGGCGGCGGCCGGGGGGUGAAAUUUCUGGAAGGUGCGGGCGGGGCCGGGCCGCGCGCACGGUGAGGGGGGGGGCGGGAGGGGGGGGUCUCGGGGACCCCCUCAGGUGUCGGCCAUGAACCACAAGAGCAAGAAGCGGAUCCGCGAGGCGAAGCGCAGCGCCCGGCCCGAGCUGAAGGAUUCGCUCGAUUGGACCCGGCACAACUACUGCGAGACCUUCCCGCUCAGCCCCGCCGCCUGCAAGGAUAACGUGGAGAGGGCAGAUGCGCUCCAGUUAACGGUGGAAGAAUUCGUGGAGCGUUACGAAAAGCCUUACAAGCCCGUAGUCCUGCUGAACGCUCAGGUGGGCUGGUCUGCCCAGGAGAAGUGGACUCUGGAACGGCUGAAACGCAAGUACAGGAACCAGAAGUUCAAAUGCGGGGAGGACAACGACGGGUAUUCUGUGAAGAUGAAGAUGAAAUACUACAUAGAGUACAUGGAGACCACGCGCGACGACAGCCCGCUGUACAUAUUCGACAGCAGUUACGGAGAGCAUCCCAAGCGCAGGAAACUCCUGGAGGACUACAAAGUGCCCAAGUUCUUCACUGAUGACCUGUUCCAGUAUGCGGGGGAGAAACGAAGGCCUCCGUACAGGUGGUUUGUGAUGGGCCCGCCUCGGUCCGGCACAGGAAUUCACAUCGACCCCUUGGGAACUAGUGCGUGGAAUGCCUUAGUCCAGGGACACAAGCGUUGGUGCCUGUUCCCCACCAGCACCCCCAGAGAGCUGAUCAAAGUGACGCGAGAGGAGGGAGGGAACCAGCAGGAUGAAGCUAUCACGUGGUUCAACGUCAUCUAUCCCAGGACACAGCUCCCCACCUGGCCCCCUGAGUUCAAACCCUUGGAAAUCUUACAGAAACCAGGCGAGACGGUCUUUGUACCAGGGGGCUGGUGGCACGUGGUUCUCAAUCUCGACACGACGAUUGCCAUCACGCAGAACUUUGCCAGCUGCACCAACUUCCCCGUGGUGUGGCACAAGACAGUAAGAGGGAGACCCAAGCUGUCACGGAAGUGGUACAGGAUCUUAAAGCAGGAGCACCCUGACUUGGCAGCCUUGGCUGAUUCGGUUGAUCUCCAGGAAUCUACUGGUAUUGCUUCUGACAGCUCUAGUGAUUCGUCCAGUUCCUCAAGUUCUAGCUCCUCCGACUCUGAUUCAGAGUGUGACUCUGGCUCUGAGACAGAGGGCAUGAUGCACCGGAGGAAAAAGAGGCGAACAUGCAGUAUGAUGGGUAACGGUGACACGACUUCCCAAGACGACUGUGUCAGCAAAGAGCGCAGCUCCUCCAGGAUUAGGGAAUCUUGUGGAGGCCGCAGUUACCCCUGAGAGAUAACAGCACCCGCCUAGAGGCAGCUGCCGAUUGAAGCUCCGUUAGCAGCCAGCCAGCUCUGUUCUACCCCCCUCUGCUCCUGUUUCUCACGGUCCUUACGUUUGUUUGUCAUUCUUCAGUCCAAACAUCCAUCCUCAUUACGUGCUGUCGAAGGUUGGCUCCUUACUAACUGAAAGGGGAACUCCCCACCUCCAUUAUUGUGCAAUGCUUUGUCCCCUCCGCGCCCCAAGUGAGUGCACUAAGAGCCCAUCUUUGGGUAAGGACGCGCCGAGUAUUUAAUGGUUCACGUAACUGGCGAGGAAGACAACGGUCAGUUUUUAAAGAACUCUUUUUAAAACCAGCAGGUAAACCUAGAAACCUGCCUUGCUUUGACACUGUCAUAUGUUUACAUGUUGUCCUGUACACUUGAGGAAAGGAACACCAGCCCUUCUGGCCCGUCUGAAUGUCUGGCAGAUCUCGCACCAGAAUUUCAGGAAAGGAAGGUGGUACGGAUGCUCCAAAUGCUGAAGCAACUUCUGUGGAGGUGGCCACCUACCUGAAGCAUCUUUUGUGGUCCUUACCUCCAAAUGUGCAUCAAAGGUGUGACGCACUAACCAGCAGCAGGCGGUUUACUUCUGCUCUGUGUGGUAACAAAGAUGCACUAGCACCUUGCGAUAGGAAGCUCGAUGGAGCAGGAGAAUCCUGGAGUUUCUUGCACAGCAAAAACGAGGGAGAAAAGUCAGUGUUUGCAGGUAAUUACACUCCUCUAGGUGCAGGUGUGUUGUUUAGCACUGGGUACCAACUGACAAAGUCAGGCUGACUCUUAAGUGGUAACAACAGUUGUUGGGCUUUAAAUACCAAACAGUUUCAAGGCCGUGGGCUUGUUCAGGCCAGUGCAGUUCACAAACAGAAACGGCUUUUCUUUGAGGCUAUGGGUUCAGAAAUCUCCAGACCUUGCAGUGCCAAUUUUAAAGGACUGGGAGGGGGGACGUUGUUUUACUGCUUUUUAAAAAAAAAAAUGCAAUGUGAUGCUUAAGUCUGUGUUAGGUGCAUUUCUGUUAUGCCAGGUGAAGCGCUCAUCCCCAAGGGAUCUGUUGGAGCUGCUUUCUUUUGCAGGGGCUUGUGCUGGUAGUGUCAGCAGCGAGGUCUGUCUUGCCAGAGGUAUGCUGCAAGGUGGUGAGGAGGUGAUCCUUCUCGAUCUGAGCAGCGCAGCCAGAAGCCAGCUGUAGUUUGGGAUGCUUCCUUGGGUGCUCUCCUGAGACCCAGGAGGUGGGAUUGGAGCUCACAUCAGCCGUCCUUCUUUAGGAAGCAGAAACGGUCACAUUUACUAAUCAUGAAGGCCCAGGCACUGGUAGCUGGAUUAAGAAGCAGAUUGGCAGUCUUUAAUUAUGACUUUCUUACACACGUUGGGUUUGAUGGAAGUCAGAACAUUGCUUGUCUGUUCUGUUGGGGUGUUUGUUUUGUUUUCAAGCCUGUCUCUUCCUAUUUAAAUGCUCUCUCCUUUCUUGGAGACUGGGCCAUAUCCUGUUGUACGAGGGAAUCCUAACUCCAUUCAUCAGGAUCUCUGUUUCUGAAACUUCUGUACCAGUCAGUUAUGUCGGAGCAGUGUGAUGAAAAAACAGAGGGAGUGAAGGUUUAGUGGUGCAUUCCUUAGCUGUCCUGACUCCUGAAUUUCCUGUGAUAGCCAGACAUACGUGAGCAUGCUCGCUCCAUACAGUGCUGCAGAUUCUUCCAGGAAACUACUUCCCAAACAUUUAGCAUUUCUGGCCAAGGUUGCCUUUUUUUUUUCCCUGCCCAGCUGAACAGCCUGGGAGCCUGCACAACCCAUUUAGUCCUUCCUAGACAGAACAGGCUUCAGCUGCUACCUUUUGGAAGAACAUAGUGGCCUCAGGAGGCGAAGGCUCAGCACUCAGCUCUGUCCUGGUGAGGUGAGCCCUUAUUAAACAACCACCUGCUGUUUGAGCAAGGCUGCCUGCCCUCCUUGGUGGCUUGAUGGUUAGUACGUAUGGAAGAUGGCUCAUGCAGUAGCUUGCUGCUGUUUGGCUGCAUGGUUCAGCUUUGGGUUCAGCUUUGCAAAAACCUGAAGCAUGCUUGGAAGGCUGAUCACUGCGCCUGGAAUCCCAUGCCUCUUCCCCCCAGAAGCACAGCGGGAAGAUGAGGGGGAGCGCAGAGUGUUCCUCUGUGCCUGUGAGCUCAUCGUGGUGUGGAAUAAAACCAUUUCAGUUCACAGCCUGUGUAAACGUGAUGUCCCUCACAAGGAAAUGUGUUUGAAACGGGCCGCAGGCAUCAGGAUACCAGCAACACCGUGCUGACUGCUCCAUGAGGCGCUCUGUGAUACGACACGAGGCUGUGUGUGCCUAGGCAGCAAGGGAAUUGCAGCUCCUGGGGCCUCUGGGUCUUCCUCUUAAAGGUUCUUGCCUCGACCAGACCAAUGAGCCUCUCUUUGUCUCUGUAGACAGGAAAACACCUACCUCACAGGGGUGUUGUGAGGCUGAAAUGUACUAACUGUAACCUGCUUUGACAUCCUCCUCCCACAAGAAGUGUUCCAGAAAUACCGAGCAAGCCGAGACUCCCUAACCUGGCGUUAGCUUUUCCUAGCAGAAAACAUCAGGGAUGUUGUUCAGCAGUUUUGGCCCUGGGGUGUUCUCUGGUGGCCCUUCCAGAAUUGCUCUGUGGUACGUCAGCUGGGGCAGAAUGAGGCUUUUUGUCUCACUGGGGUUUAACUGGUGGUGUUUCAUGGCCUGCUCUAACCAGAUCAGGAUUUCUUUUAAGUCGGGCUGGGUACGUUAUUCCUAGCAGGGAGUUAGCCUUGCAGGAAGGUGGGGGUGCUUCCAGGCCCUCUUCCCAAGCCACGUGUGUUGGGCACGGAGUUAAAAUCAGCUCCCCUGUGCCUACAUCUACAUCCCUGCUUGUGGGAGGCUGACCGUGGAGAGUGAGUUUUGUGCUCUCACCUCUCCGUGCUGUGCUUCCCAUGUGGCUCUGAUGCCUCAACGCCAGUGUCUGUGUAUUGUGGAGCCCCUGCAUGUAGCAGGCUGCUGCGGGCUGUGCCCAGGCCCAGCGAGCCCCUCGGAGCCCCUCAUUUCCCUGAGCCCCAGAGCAGCACCAGCAGGGGCUGUCAGCCUCCCCUGGGGGCUGCCUCGCUGCCCAGCCUGAGAGAGCCACGUGCUGGUUUGUUCCGUGGGCUUCCUCUCCAAGCUGUGUUGGUGCCAGUGUUCUGCCUGCCCUGGAAAAACCUAAGGGCUUUGUGAGCUCUGGUCACCAACGCGGGCUCGUCUGCUCCGAUAUUUCAGGAGGAAAUUAACUCAUAGCCCCACGGAGCUGUUGAUGUGAGCAUGCACACCGAACCCAGCGCCUGCUCUCUGCACAAGCGCUCCGGGAGCAGGCGAUGCCGAGGAGGCGCUGCCCUGCCUGGGCACUGCCCUCCCUUCCUCCCCUUCCUCCCCUUCCCAGCGAGCUCAGGCUGGCUCCAGUUCGUCUCCUCAGCUCCACUCAGCCUCCCCGCACGCCUAGAAGGAAGACAGCGACCUCUUUCAUAGCUAACCCAGACCCUUCUCCUCCCCGAAUCCCCAGCCAUCACGGGGCAGGAAGCGAGACUGUUGAUUGAAUCAGAGCUGAAAUGCCUGAAAUGUUGGGCUCAUUGGAACAGCAAGGUUUUGGCAUUCCCCUCAUGAAGGGAAAGGAAAAAGCUUACCCGAUUCCUUUGACAGUCACGCUGUCAGCCCCGAGCCCUGCCACUGCCAUUAGCUGCUUUUAUCACCCCGUCCAGCAGAGCUGGGAUACUCUUGUCUUGUUUGGAUGAUUGUGGUUUUGCUUUUUAUUUUAAAUAAAAUCAAUUAUUUUGCAUUA